GCCCUGCCAGCACGGAGCAGCCGCGUUGACUGACGGCUUAGGGUUAACACCUCCUUCUAGGCGGCAGCAGAGCCGGGGCUAGCUGGUAAAGGCGGGGAGGGAGGAAUAAAGAGUGAGAGUGAGAGAGAGAGAGAGAGAGAGAGAGAGAGAGAGAGGGGGGGGGGGUAGAGAGGGCCCGCGGUAAGGAGCAUGUGCUAGGGAGUCCAGUAACCAGGGACAACCACAGCAACAGAGCUCCCUUGGAGGAGGAGGAGAAGGAGGAGUAGAAGGAGAAGGAGAAGGAGGAGGAGGAGGAGGAGGAGGAGGAGGAGGAGGAGGAGGAGGAGGAGAAGGAAGAGAGCUGCUCCGCAGCCCCGCGCCCCCGCGCCCCAGCGCCUCCGGGCCUCCUCCUGGAGCCAGCGCACUGAGCAGAGCCCCGCGGGCAGGCGGUAGGAUCUGGGAGUUGUCGGAGGAGAGGGACUAAGGCUCCCGCCCCCGGGCCUGCAGAGCCAGCUCCCCGAGGGCUGGGGAUGUAAAAGCCUUUCCCGAGCUCCGUCCACGGCCUCUCUCGGAGUCCCUCCAGGAGCCCAGGGCGCGCAGUGCUCGGCGAGCUAGGACCUUGGUCCAGGACCGAGAGAGCUGGAGACAAAGGCACCCUAGAGCCCCCCGCCCCCGUCCCUGCCUCCGCCCGCCGGUUCCCUGCUCCGAGCCGGUGCAGGGCCGCCUAGGACAAGCCCCCGCGGCGGGACUGGGGAGAGCCGGCUGGGCCCGGAGCCGCUCCGGGGUUUAUGCCCUAGUCGGUUCGGGCCCGGCGGGGGACGUGGCCGCAGAGGAUGGGGAAAUCCAACAGCAAGUUAAAGCCUGAAGUAGUAGAAGAAUUGACCAGGAAGACCUACUUUACUGAGAAAGAAGUCCAGCAGUGGUACAAAGGCUUCAUCAAAGACUGUCCCAGUGGUCAGUUGGAUGCUGCAGGAUUUCAGAAGAUCUACAAACAAUUCUUUCCCUUUGGUGACCCCACCAAGUUUGCUACGUUUGUUUUCAAUGUCUUUGAUGAAAACAAAGAUGGGAGGAUAGAGUUCUCGGAGUUCAUCCAGGCAUUGUCGGUGACCUCUCGGGGGACCCUGGAUGAGAAGCUAAGAUGGGCAUUCAAGCUAUAUGACUUGGAUAAUGAUGGCUACAUCACAAGGAAUGAGAUGCUGGACAUUGUAGAUGCCAUUUACCAGAUGGUGGGUAACACUGUGGAGCUCCCAGAAGAGGAGAACACCCCAGAAAAGAGGGUGGAUCGGAUCUUUGCCAUGAUGGACAAGAAUUCAGAUGGAAAGCUGACACUGCAGGAGUUCCAGGAGGGCUCGAAGGCUGACCCGUCCAUCGUCCAGGCACUGUCCCUCUACGACGGGCUUGUAUAGUCCUGGGGCCAGAGCAGGGAUGCCUGCAGAUUGCCUGCUUCCCUCUGUGCCAUCAGCCCACCUCAGUAAUGAAGCUCGUCCACUUGUCUCUCUCCAGCCUUCCUUUACGCACAGCAGGGCUGCACACGAAAUGUGAGGUCCCUUUCCCCCAUUCCUUCUCACCCUCUGCAUCCCCUUACUGUGCCCUGAAGUCACUGUCUCCAUUUGCCAACUUCUGCUUGUCGGAGGAAAAACAGCGGCGAUUAUCUGCAGAACAAGGACACCUACUGCAUCACAGAAGAGCCUCAUUGUUUCUCUCUCAUGCCCAUGCUUUUAUUUUUAUUUGAAACAGACAUUUUUUAAAAAUGCCCUUCUGUUCUAGAAAAUGUAUACUGCAGAAUGAUGAUGGCCCUGGGUUACUCAGAAAACACUCCAGCUUCCUUCCCACUGGUGGCUGGAAGGUUUGUUGGGAAGAUUUUGCUUUGGUUCUUGGAUUGGGCCAGAUGUGUUUGGGAGAUGAUUGAUGUUUCUUGUCAUCCAGUCCUUUUAGCAGCAGAACAACCUGCGUGGCUAGGAUGAUUUAUUAUUAUUAUUAUUAUUAUUAUUAUUAAUUAUUAUCAUUAUUUUUCGUGAUAUCAGUAUUGUGUUUUUUUUGUGGGAAAGUGAGUUUUUUUUAUACAUAUAUAUGAUCAAUAUCUUUAUUUAUUGGUUGUUAACUGUUGCUGCUGUCUGGUAUGUCUGAGCCCCAAGUGUCCAGGGGCAAAACGUUUACAUGUGCACGCGCCCCCCAUGCUCGCUCAGGAGGACGGUGGCCCACAGUGGCCAAGAAGCCAAAAAUACUUUCCCAGAUACUGUGCUUGGUUUUUGGACUGGGGUUAGGGAUGAGAUUCUUGAAAGGGUUAUAUACCCAUCUCUCUUCCAGAUGCUUGCUUCCCUGGAUUCCCUUGCUUCCUUACUGCUUUCUCCUUUCCCUGAUCCUUCUUCCUUUCUCCUCCUCUUCACUCCCCCCUUCCUGCCCCAGCAUUCUUCUGCAUGACUCUCAUUCUCAUACUAGAGAGAGACCCCAGCUGCUUUUGCAUUCAGAUUUUCAUUUGGCCUGGAUGCCUUUCUUGCUUCUUGCUUUUGUAUCUUGGGCAGAUUAGGGAAAUUGAAGUUUCUUGAAAUGUUGCACCAAAAAAGACUGUUUGGGGAAAGAACUCAAUGGAUUCUUUUAGCCCUGAAUGUUUAGGGAAGGGAAAAUCCAUUGUAUUUACAGAAGAGUGAAGAGCUGCUGUUAGCCAAAAACUUAAGUAUCCCUCUUGCUUUGGGGAGGCUUGCAAAUGAUUCCCAAAUCUCCCUGCUCAGCCUAUUCCCCCCUCCCUUAAUCCUUCCUUACCAUCUGUAUUCCUCUGGCUCACACAUAUAGUAGACCCUUACCUAAAUGUUUAUUGAACUGAGAUGUCCUUGGGUCCAGUGGGUGAACGGUUAUGGGGAAAGAAUCUUGUUCAGAGAGGUAGUUGCCCAUCCAUUUGACUCAAUUGAACAGGGGGCAGCGAGGUGGUGCAGUGGAUAAAGCACUGGCCUUGGAUUCAGGAGUACCUGAGUUCAAAUCCAGCCUCAGACACUUGACACUAACUGUGUGACCUUGGGCAAGUCACUUAACCCUCAUUGCCCCACAAAAAAGAAAAAAAAAAGAUAGUAAUUGACUCAAUUGAACAACCAUUUGUUUAGCUCCUACUAAGUGCCGGUGUGGUAGGCCCAGAGAAUAUGAAGACAAACCCAAAACAUUCCUGGCUCUCAAAGGGCUUACAUUUUACCGAGUCUAUUAGGCAGCAGCCUUGUAUCUCUUGGGGGAAAGCUCUAAGCUCUUUCUGGAAGUUGAGAAAAAUAGCUAAACCACAAUGUUCUAGAACAUGUUGCCAAAGCUUUUAGUGGGAAGGACAAACAGAAAACCAGCCAGAGAGUUCCAUGGGUGAUGCCAUGUAACUUUCUGUUUCCUUUGAUGUUUGAUGAAUGUUCUGCCAUCUUGUUUUUCCUUUGAGUCAAAAAUAGGGAGGCUAAUGUGUGAAGCCUGGCUGUUCACAGCUGUUAGCACUUUCCCUUGGCCAGAUGAUUGAGAGGUGUUAUGACUGGUCUGUGUAGGGAGCAUGCCUUAUAAAUUCAAUCCUAUUGUAGUGACAACUAAUGUCAACCACCCAAGAAUUAACAUUCUGGUCUUUCUGUUUUUAUUUCCCCACUAUCCCUCCCCUGACUUACUACUGCAGACUUGGCCUUGAAAACCACGGGCACCCAGAAUGACUUGGUUGACGUCUACCCUUACCUGAAGCUCUAGUCCCACUGUGGGCAGAUAAUCUUGGGUGUUUUCAAGGCUGUAUCCCUUUCUUCCUCCCCACAGCUCCCUGUCCUUUCUGUCUCCUGUCCUUCUGACAUCCUGGACUUGGUGGCUGAUUACCCCAUCUAAACACCAUGCCAUGUCUUCCCAUGGAUAUCCAGUUUCAGAACUAGCAUAGGGCUCAAACCCAAAGCUUCCCCUAUAGCCAGUUAUCUCCC